UGCGCAUGCGUGGAUACAGAUUUCUUGACGGGCGCCAUUGUUAGUUCAUAUCACGGCUUUGGCUUUUACGGGGAAAAUGUCGCGCUACUCUCGACCUCCAAACACUUCCCUCUAUGUACGAAAUGUUCCCGAAGGAACGAGACCCGAAGACUUGCGAAGUUUAUUUGGCAAAUAUGGACCUGUAACUGAUGUGUAUGUUCCAGUGGAUUAUUACACAAGAAGAUCAAGAGAGCUCAAGUAAAGAUAAAUACUAACAAGGCUCGCCUCCUAAGUGGUCAAGGUUAACCUUAGCAAGAGCAAUGGACAGACAAACAAAAUGGGCAAAUGUUCCCCUCAAGCUUUGAGCAAAGAGCUAGCGAUGCAUGGUAUGCAAGUACUACAGAUACCGAAAAACUACAAAGUUGUAAUGGUUGGAGGUUCAUGCCAGAGGCAUCGAAGAUGUCGGGAAGUCUAGUGCUGUUGGUUUACUGUCCCAAUACAAGACAAGAUUCAGAAAAUAGCAAGUUUCAAGCAAGUCAAGAGUUUGAAGAUAUAAUAUCCAGACAUGCAAUUACUUCAUUAUUUACAGCUGUGGCUGGAUCAUCUGACAAGUUUUUCUGUUCAGGUGGGGGUUUUGCUUUCUAUCCCAUCUUACAAAAAAAAAUCACUUAAAUUGCCCCUGUUAAGGGGAGUUGCUACUGGUAAUAAAUAAUAAGACAAAAAUGGUAUAUUAUGUAGUGAUUGUGUUUAAAAUCUGGGCUAAUGUAAAAACUGGUAAAAAUCCUUUCUUAGUAAAUGUGUAAGAGAUUGUAGCAACUUCCCUUAAAUUAAACUUCAGGGAAGAUGGAGGAUUAAGAUUAAGAAAUUAUCCAAUUGAGCUAAAGUUUGUAAUUGUUUUGGGAGGAUAUUUUGUAGUGUCUCUCUUUGACAAAGUACAGCACCUACUUGGGCUUUAAUGCAGCAAAUUUUCUCCCCUUAAUAUCAAUUCACCCCUUUAUAAUUUUUAUUUGUGACAUUAAUUAAUUAGCUUGACAACUUGAUUUAAAUAGAUUCAGAUUUCAUUUUGGGUACGUGUAGAAUAUUUUUACAGUUUAAAACAAAUGUUUCACAAGAUUGUUUCCUUUUUUUUUAAACAAUGUAUUGUUUGAUACUGGUAGACUAUUGUUUACUAGUGUGACUGUUAAAAUAAUGACUUUUCACUUGCAGAAAAUUUGAAGUGUAAUUUGGUUUUUCUUCAAUGUUUACUGAAACCAGCAGGUCUCUCUUGUAAUAAAUUCAGUUUUGCUGAACGAAAUGUGCUUUUUGCUCGCCUCUAUUAAAAAUAGUUACCCCCCUUCAGGCUUUGGAUUUCCAUCUGUAGUGUUCCUUUAAUUUCGAGUUUGGGGCUUUGACCCUUCCACCUAUAGAAAAUGUUAAAAUUUGAAUAAAUGAGAAUUUCAAGUUAAUCAACUUGUAUCCUUUAAACAAGUACUGGUUUUUAAUUGGGCAUUGGUGAUGAUGUGGUCUUGCUAAAGUAAUGGGAGGGAGUGAACGGCUGCUGAGUUUUACUCUUAGUAUGUAUGUAGGAGACUUGAUAUUUUAACAGGAAGGCAAUUCACUGGUAUGUCACAAAUGUGGUUGAUGAUUCACAUUCUAAAUCCCUAUGGAAUUUUAAACUUGCCAAGCAAGUUUAUCCUUAACAAAAGAUACAUUUGAAGACCCUAGAGAUGCUGAUGAUGCAUUGUACCACCUCGAUGCCAGUAACUUUUAUGGGAAGAACCUACAGAUAGAAUUUGCUAGAGGAGACAGAAAAACACCAUCACAAAUGAGAAACAAAGAAAAAAUGAGACGCAGUUCGUUAUCACCAUAUCGUAGUCGUUACUAUGAUGAUUAUUAUGACAGACGAGGCAGCAGACGAGGUUACAGAUCAAGAAGUAGGAGUCCAAGAUCUCGUUCAAGGAGCCCUAAUGGUGGCAGCACUAGGAAAAGUCGACGCAGUCGAAGCAGAUCUCCACGCAGACAUAGGUCUUACAGUCGUUCUCGCAGCAGAUCAAGGUCUUAUGAUCGUAGAAGAAGCAGCCCAUCUCCACGUAGGUCUGUAUCUGGUGACCAGAAGGAUCACACACUCAGGUCUCGGUCUUACAGCAGGUCUUCAUCCCAGUCAGGGGGUAAAGAUGGCUCUGGACAGGAUGACCAGAAGGCAGAUAGCCCUCAAGACUAGUGUAUUAUAUAUAUUUUUUCAUAGGUUCAUGUAUUUUUAAUUUCUUUUAGACUGUCUGUCUCAUGCUGUAAAUUACACAAUCCCCCUCCAUGUUUCAUUGAAAUAAAACUUUUAUUAAAAUUAAAA